GACACCCCGAGGCGGGGCGUCCAGCGGUGUACCUCGGCGGGAGGCGGACGGACGACUUCCGGCAAUAAUUGGACGCUGCAGCUCGGUGAGGUUGGUGGCUGCCUCGUCGGAAAGGGACCAGCAGGAGAACUAUGCCAUUUCUGGGUCAGGACUGGAGAUCCCCUGGAUGGAGCUGGAUUAAAACUGAGGAUGGGUGGAAAAGAUGUGAUUCCUGUAGCCAAGAGCUCCGAAACGAGAGUAACCAGUACACCCUCAACCACAGCAUUAUCUUAAAUAAUGGCGAAGAAGAAAUAUUCAACAGCGAGUGUGAGUAUGCAGCCAAGAAGAGGAAGAAGGAGCAUUUCGGAAAUGACACAGCUGCUCACAGUUUUUAUCGUGAGAAAUGGAUCUAUGUUCAUAAAGAAAGCACAAAAGAAAGGCAUGGCUACUGUACCCUGGGAGAAGCCUUCAACCGGCUAGACUUCUCAAGUGCAAUCCAGGAUAUCAGGAGGUUCACCUACGUUGUCAAACUGCUGCAGCUGAUUGCCAAGUCCCAGUUAACCUCCCUGAGCGGAGUGGCGCAGAAGAACUACUUCAACAUUUUGGAUAAGAUUGUCCAAAAGGUUCUUGAUGACCAUCAGAACCCUCGCCUCAUCAAAGACCUUCUCCAGGACUUGAGUUCUACCCUCUGCAUCCUCGUCCGAGGGGUGGGGAAGUCAGUGCUAGUGGGAAACAUCAACAUUUGGAUCUGCCGCUUGGAAACUGUUCUCAACUGGCAGCAGCAGCUGCAGAAUCUUCAGAUGACUAAGCAGGUGAACUCUGGCCUCACACUCAGUGACCUGCCCUUGCACAUGCUGAACAACAUCCUGUACCGUUUCUCAGACGGCUGGGAUAUUGUCACCCUGGGCCAGGUGACACCAACACUGUACAUGCUCAGUGAAGACAGGCGGCUGUGGAAGAAACUAUGUCAGUACCACUUUGCAGAGAAGCAGUUUUGUAGGCACUUGAUCCUUUCAGAGAAAGGUCACAUCGAGUGGAAGCUGAUGUACUUCACCCUGCAGAAGUACUACCCCACUAAAGAGCAGUAUGGGGACACCCUCCAUUUCUGUCGCCACUGCAGCAUUCUCUUCUGGAAGGACUACCAACUUGCUUGGUUGUUGAAGGACUCGGGACACCCCUGCACCGCGGCUGACCCCGACAGCUGCUUCACGCCUGUGUCUCCUCAGCACUUCAUUGACCUCUUCAAGUUUUAAUGGUGCCCUCAGCCCUGGACCCUCGUCCACAGUUGUCCCUUGUGCUUUCUGUGUGUCUUGUAGUUGGUGUGAGUGUUCUGUGACACAAAUGACAGGGUCUGUGGCUGGCUGUGCCUGUGUGAGGACCUGGAAGACGCUCUGGCGGUCCUGCGGCACCAUGAGAGUGGAGACCACAAAGACAUUUGUACUUCUUUCUUGAAACUCUUCCAAGCAAAUGCAUUUGCAGUUUUGUAUAUUUUUAAAUAUGGAUCAGAGAAAGUUGUGGAUAUUCAGCCCCACGUCCUGUGCUGAACUGACAUGAACAACGGGGUUAUGCUCCUUAGUUGUCUGAUGAGUUUUCCGUCGUCUCGUAAUUGGGAUGAAGGGCAGAACAGUUGAACCUUGUAAAUACGUUAUGCAGAAUAUUUAUUUUUCUUAAAAUGUAUUUUCACAACCUCUGUGGCUAUGCCCAAAUGAUUCCUCACUGAACACAAGAUAAGCCGAGGAACUUGCUUGGCAUGCUGUCUCACUACAGUGGGUAGGGCUGGGAACCCCUGCCUUGUGGCCAUCGUACAUCCAUACAUGGGAUGUGGGCUCCAAACCAGAACAGGGCCUCUGCCAAGGAGCUGGAAACAGCCUAGGGAGGCCUGAACGUGACAUGUAGGAGUUACUUUCACGAGUAAAGUAAUAAACCAUGUUUAUCUACUGA